AUGGCAAGAAGAAAGCGUUUCAGGUCACCGGUCCUGAGGGGGCCCCGCCCCAGGGCACUACGCCAUCCAUGCGCAUCAUGUAUGGGGGCCCCCGAGGAGUGGGCCCCCGGCCCCUGUACGAUCCCUACAACCCCGCGGCAGUCGGCUCCAUGCCAGGCCCCGCCGGCGGCUUCGUCCCCGGCGGGUACAUGUCUCCGGUGGGCGACGUCAUCCCCGGCGGGCGGGGCAGGGGCCUGGGCCCCCCCAUCCCCGGCGGGGCACCGCCGGGGCCCCCCGGGUCGACGCCGGGCUAUAGCUGGCCGCCCAACGCGUACAUGGGGUACUACAUGCCGCCGCCGGGGGCGCCGCCGGGGUACUACCCGCCGGGCGCGCAGGGGUCGUACUAUCCCCGGGGCCGCGGCGGCUUCUUCCCCGGCGGCAGGAACUGGGCAGGAGCGCGGCCGCCGCCGCCCGGCCAGCCGGGCUUCAGCUCCGGCCUGCAGGUGGUGGUGCACAACCUGCCCUGGGACUGCACCUGGCAGCAGCUGCGGGACGCCUUCCAGGAGUGCGGGGAGAUUGAGCGGGCGGAUGUCGUCUUCGACAGCAGGGGGCGGUCAAGAGGCUUUGGCAUCGUGCGCUUCCCCGUCAAGGAGGAGGCGGACCGCGCGGUGGAAAGGAUGA